UGAGAAAAGAGCUUCGUUUCAGUUUUCAUCUCGACUAUUUUGUCUUAUAUUUUAGCUGAAAAGUUAAACAUCAUAAUGGAGCCUAGUGUUCCAGGUUCUUCAACGUCUUCUAGGGCGACUAGAUUUAUGAUGGAAGGCGUAGGAGCUCGUGUUAUACGGGGACCAGACUGGAAGUGGGGCAAACAGGAUGGAGGGGAGGGGCAUGUAGGUACCGUGAGAAACUUUGAGUCACCAGAAGAGGUAGUGGUGGUGUGGGACAAUGGUACUGCUGCGAACUAUAGGUGUUCAGGCGCAUAUGACUUGAGGAUCCUGGACAGUGCUCCCACUGGUGUUAAACAUGAAGGAACUAUGUGUGAUACUUGUCGGCAACAACCUAUAUUUGGUAUUCGCUGGAAGUGUGCUGAAUGCAGUAACUAUGAUCUGUGUUCUGUAUGCUACCAUGGGGACAAGCAUCAUCUGCGUCACAGGUUCUACCGCAUCAGUGCACCAGGUGCGCAACGCUGCCUUGUGGAGCCCCGUCGCAAGAGCAAGAAGCAAGCUGUUAGAGGAAUAUUCCCUGGGGCUAGGGUUGUUAGAGGGGUGGACUGGCAAUGGGAAGACCAAGAUGGUGGAAAUGGCAGGAGAGGCAAAGUCAAUGAGAUCCAAGACUGGUCGGCCGCCAGUCCGCGGUCCGCUGCUUAUGUGGUCUGGGACAAUGGGGCUAAGAACCUGUACAGAGUUGGAUUUGAGGGAAUGGCUGAUCUCAAGGUUAUGAAUGACGUCAAAGGUCAAAAUGUGUACAAAGAACAUCUUCCGCUACUGGGAGAGCUAGGCCCCGGACGCACAGGCCCUCACGGGUUGCAAGUUGGUGAUCAGGUGAACGUCGACCUGGAUCUCGAAAUCGUGCAAUCGCUGCAAAUCGGUCACGGUGGCUGGACGGAUGGCAUGUUUGAGUGCCUUGGCACCACUGGUACCGUCGUUGGUAUUGAUGAAGACCACGAUAUCGUGGUUACGUACCCUAGCGGCAACCGGUGGACGUUCAACCCUGCUGUUUUAACUAAGGUAUGCAGCGGCAACAUGAGCGCGUCAGCAUCGGGCAGCGGCGCGGCCUCCAGCGGCUUCGCAGUCGGAGAUCUCGUGCAAGUGUGCGCCGACCAGGAGCGGGUUAAAGCGUUACAGCGCGGACAUGGAGAAUGGGCCGAGGCUAUGGCACCGACUCUUGGAAAAAUAGGUCGCGUCCAGCAGAUCUACCACGACAACGAUCUGAAAGUGGAAGUGUGCAAUACUUCGUGGACCUACAACCCCAACGCUGUCACCAAAGUCUCCUCGAUCGGUACCAUUCCGGAAAACUCUUCAGGCGAGCGCCUGUCGGCGCUCCUGAAGAAGCUAUUCGAGACCCACGUGACGGGGGACACGAAUGAGGAGUUAGUGAAAGCAGCCACUAACGGCGACGCGGCGCGCUGCGCGGACAUCCUGGCGCGCGCGGACGCGCCCGCCGACGUCAACGGCGUGUUCGGCGGACACACCGCGCUGCAGGCGGCAGCUCAAAACGGCCACCUAGAAGUGAUCCGCGCUUUAGUAGAAGCGGGAGCGGACGCGGACGCGGAAGACCGGGACGGCGACCGCGCUGCCCACCACGCUGCCUUCGGAGACGAACCUUCAGCCCUACGGGCUUUGGCUGCAGCGGGAGCGGAUUUAAACGCGAGGAACAGGCGGAGGCAGACCCCGCUGCAUAUAGCUGUGAAUAAGGGGCAUCUGGGCGUCGUCCGGACGCUGUUACAACUCGCCGUGCAUCCGAGUUUGCAGGACUCAGAAGGAGACACCCCUUUACAUGAUGCCAUAUCCAAGAAGCGGGACGAUAUGCUGACGCUGCUGCUGGAGCACGGAGCUGACAUGACCCUCACCAACAACAAUGGGUUCAACGCGCUUCAUCAUGCGGCACUUCGAGGCAAUCCAAGUGCCAUGAAGAUAAUGCUGGGUAAACUCCCCCGUCCGUGGAUAGUGGACGACGCGAAGGACGACGGGUACACCGCACUGCACCUGGCGGCGCUCAACAACCACGCCGAGGUGGCCGAGUUGCUGGUGCGAGGCGGCGCGCGCCCCGACCUGCAAAAUGCUAACCUGCAGACCGCGCUGCACCUGGCCGUCGAGCGGCAGCACACUCAGAUAGUACGGCUACUAGUGUCGCAUGGAGCCGACCUCAACAUCUGCGAUAAGGACGGAGACACGCCGUUGCACGAGGCGCUGCGCCACCACACGCUGCAGCAGCUGCGGCGGCUGCAGGACGCGCGCGACGCGGCACUGCUGUCGGGGCUCGCGCACGCGCACGACAAGAAGUCCUCCGCCUCCAUCGCCUGCUUCCUCGCCGCGCACGGUGCCGACCUCACCGUUAAGAACAAGAAAGGUCAAACCCCACUCGACCUAUGCCCGGACCCGAACUUAUGCAAGACGCUGACAACAUGCCGCAAGGAAGGCACAGGCGGCAGCGACAUGACGCCAGACAGCGAAGCAGGCGCGGCGGCGGCGGUGGCGGCGGCGGGCCCUGAAGAGGCAGUACACACCGAUCCCACUGCGGACGAGUGCCUCGUCUGCUCUGAUGCGAAGAGGGACACUCUCUUCCGCCCGUGCGGACACAUAUGCUGCUGCAACGUGUGCGCUGCUAGGGUGAAGAAGUGUCUUAUCUGCCGCGCAUGCGUGACGUCCCGGCAGCGCGUGGGCGAAUGCGUGGUGUGCUCGGAGGCGCCGGCCACGGUCGUGUUCCGGCCGUGCGGCGACGUGUGCGCGUGCGCGGCGUGCGCGCCGCUCAUGCGCAAGUGCGUCGAGUGCCGCACGCCGCUGCAGCACGGCUCCGUGGCGCCGCACAACAUCGACCUAGAAAAGGAAGGCAGCAGCAACCUGGCACAAAUUCAAGUGAACAAGGGCCAGCCGGCGCCCGCGCAGGCCGCGCCGCACCACAUGAACAACGGCUCCCGCCCCGCGCCCGCGCCCGCGCCCGCGUCCGCGCUCGCCUCCGCGCCCGCUGUCGCCUCCGCGCCCGCUCUCGCCUCCGCGCCCGCGGCCACCGCGCUCGUCACGUCGCCGCCGCCCGCCGACGUGCAGAAACUGCAGCAGCAGCUGCAGGACAUCAAGGAGCAAACAAUGUGCCCGAUUUGCCUGGACCGGCUGAAGAACAUGAUCUUCCUGUGCGGGCACGGCAUGUGCCAGAUGUGCGGCGACCGCAUCACCGUCUGCCCCAUCUGCCGCAAGCAGGUCGAGAAACGCAUCCUCCUCUACUAACACUCCAGGGUAGCCGCCGUCACAAUCGCAUACUUCGUAAGCGUGUCGUAGCUGUAGUUCCCCCUCCUAUCGCUCAUUUAUAGUGGUGAGUCUGGUGAGACAGAGCCAGACUUCUGCUUCAACUUCCCCUAGGCCGGCAGAGUAGCAUACUCCUUACUACGAUGAGUUUAAGUUGUCUUUGAAAUUGUUUGGAACAGCUGCUAAUGUGAAUUGUGCCAAAUAUAAAACUUAACCAGUGCGAGUCAACGCAAUGGUAUCUCGAAGAUUGGGUGACUAAAUCUCGUGGAUUAGGCUGAAUCUCGUAUUAAAGAUGAAUCUGCUUUCUUGAAGGAAUUAUUAUUAUGCGAGUUUGAGUGGUAAGACCGAACCUAACGGAGUUGAGUCACAUAUACUCGUAUCUAUAUGCCACUGUGUUACACCUCGAUAAUUAUUUAAAAAAAUUAGACCCUUAAUGUGCGAACUUUGAUGGUGGCGGCAGACCCUCUGAUCUCCGGCGGACGCAUUACCUUCUGAGUAAUGUGCGGCACCGAAAUCUUCCGCGUGCCCAAGGUAACCGGAACAUCAGAGGAAAUACAUUUCUUUUUUAUAUGACCGGGUCUUCAUUUUUAGAAAAAGUUAGGCAUGUAAAGGAAAUCAUUUAAAUAUUGCUUCUUGAUAUUCGGUAUUGUGACCGCGCAAUUACUUAGUAGGUACUGGUACUUAGUUUAACUGUGCGAUUUUAACGGCCCAGCCACGACAUUGGUCUAAGCGCGACAGCGGUGAGCAGCAGCCAUAAAGUCGCCGUCAAUAGAAUUUAUGAACAAUGUAAACAAACCUUGUAGUUAAAAUGUCCUUAAUUUCCAUUGUAACUCAUCAGAUACUGGCUAAAUCCAUGUGUUAUUUAAUCAAUUCAUCUCACAUUAUGAUCCUCAACCUUUAAAAUAGU